UCCCCCUUUCCUUCUAUGAGCCUGCGCGCUGCCGUACAACAACAUGGCGGCGCCCGGAGCGGCGGGGGCGGCGGCGCUGGUGCAGUACGUGGUGCUGCGGGGCGACCUGGCCCGCUCGUGGCCGCUGGGCGCGGUGGUGGCCCAGGCCUGCCACGCCGUCCUGGCGGCCGCCCACGCUCACGGCGGCCACCCGGACACGGCCGCCUACCUGGAGCUGGGCGGCGCCAUGAGGACGGUGGUGCUGGAGGCUCCGGACGAGGCCGCCCUGACGGUGCUGGCGGAGACCCUGAAGCAGCACAGCAUCGACCACCAAGUGUGGACUGAGCAGCCCGAGAACGUUCCCACCUGCCUGGCGCUCAGGCCCUACCCCAAGGACCAAGUGCACCAGCACCUGAAGAAGUUCAAAUUGCUGAAGUGAUCCCUGCUCCGGCUGCGGGUGGCCGUGGGCAGCUCUCCUCCUGAAUCAGAGCUUAGAUUGCCCCCCGACAGGCUCUAGGAAUAAAGCUGCUGCGUCUCCGGAGCGCUGCUAGCGCUCAUCAGCCUUGUGGGAUAACGGUUAAAAAGUGUAAAACUCGUUAGUGGAGAGGAUUAAAUAUUUGUCUGUGCAGAUUGUGACUCUGUUAUAUGGGUCUGUUUGCAGUCUGUGUGCUUGUAGAUCUUCACUCUGCCAGCGCAGGCAGCAUUUUAGUGUCUGCCACACCUGGAAAUGUCUCUGGUGUGUGUUAGGAGUGACGUUUUUCAUGAUUAGAUCAUGUUUUUUUUCUGAUUUUCAGCUUGAAUUUUGCCUCAUCCCUCCUGUUCUGCCCCUUACACAGCAGGUACGGUGCUGCUGUCCCUGCUGUUCAGUUCUGUGGCUGCUUUAAUUCUCCCUGUUCUCACUCAGGGGACCCAAACCUGCCUGAAAACCCACAAACUCCCGCUCCCAGCCACCCUUCAGGGUCAGAUUAACCCGGGGCAGCGUUAGGUAGGGCUGUGCUGGGUUCUCUGCCUUCCUUACAGUGCCCUAAGCUUUGUGCAGCCCCCCAGAUUUAUUUCUGUCUGGUUUUUCACAGCUCCUGAGCUCCUGAAGCCGUGACAAAACCCUGCUGGGAGCCGUGCGAACAGCAGACGGCAGCAUCGGCCCGCGAGCCGGGAUCUCUGCAGCUCUCAGCCCGAUUUCUGCCUCGUUUAUGCCCGUUUUUGAAAGCAGCUCAGCGUCCUGUGAGUUUCAUUUCCCCCUCAUGUUAAAAAAAUCAAAAAAACAACAAAUAAAGAAAGCGCUGCUGGCUGGAAGUGCCCCUGACCCGCAGCUCCCUGGCUGGGUCACGCUGUUCGCACCGCAUCAAUUCCUGCCCGUGCAGCCCCCAAAAUCUCCCCGCUGCACAACGCUGAGGAACCAACCCCUGGUGGGUGUGAGGAGGGCACCCCGAGCUGUUUCUUUUGGGGUUUUCAGAAAAAAAUGAGCAGUUUUCGCCCCCCUCCCAGCUUCAGUAGCACUAACCCAUGAGAAGCACAGGAUGAAGACCCCCAGCACCCUCCUCUUCCUCACCCACCGCCUCCAGCCCCCAAGCAGGAGCACUGCAGCCACCCCCCAGCCCCAGCUGAGCACCCCAAAACACUCAGGCACCCCAAAACCCCCAAAUUCCCGAUCCCCCCUUAACCACCGGGGCUGCGGCACCGCUCCGGGUCGCCCCUCAACACAGAAACAACGAAACGUUAAGCUGGCAACUCGGGUUCUUUUUCUUUUUUUUUCAUUAUUUGUCAUCUUUUAACUCUUGCAAAUGUCAAUCAACAAAGCUACACAUUUUUUUUUUGUUUGUUUGUUUUCCACACACCAGCGCGAUUUUAGAGAGAGAGGGAAAAAAAAAAAACAAAAAAACAAAAAAACCCCACGGCCCCCCCCCGCUCCCGUAAAAGUCAGCAGUGAAUAUUAAAAGCGACCCCCGGCUAAAAGAGAAGAAAACAAAUUUAUACAGAGCUCAGAGCUAUUUACAGUGACAGGCUUGAGGGGGAAAAAAAAAAAUAAUAAUAAGCUGUAUCUCCCAACAGAGACUUCAAUUAUUAUUAUUAUUAUUUUAUUAUUAUUAUUUUAAAUAGUUUAAGCUACCUCAGCUGUUAAACACAAUCAAAGCAGAAAGAACCGACUGCUUAAUUUUAUUUAAUAUUUAAUCAGAAAAUUUUAUCUACAAUAAUUGACAGACCCCUCCCCGCCCCCCCCGUCCUUCCCCCUAAAAAUUAUUGCAGUUUUUUCCCCAAACUGUUCUUUUUUUGUCAUUUUUUUUGUCUUUUUUUUUUUUUUACUUUUUCCUGUUGUAAUAUACACGUCGUGGCCUCUGUUCGCUAGGAGGCCUUUAAAC